CUCGGGGAAGCUCUUCGUGAUCCUGAACUUCCCGUAUUCCACAUUCUGCUCACGAGUCGCUUGGAGCAGCAUAUCUGUAAAGCCAUUCAAAACGAAGAUAUGCGCACGCUAGUGUACGAGAUCCCGGUGAACACUUCUGGGGAGGGCGUUGCUGGCACCAUUUCAUUAGACGGCGAAGAUGUGGACAAUGAUAUCUGUACAUUCUUGCAGCAUUCCUUCAUGGAGUUGCGAUAUCGCCAUCCUGAUUUCCCUCAGCCCACUGCGGAUAAACUUACGCGGCUGGCGAACCGAGCUGGCAGACGUUUCAUCGUGGCAUCUACAAUGAUGAAGUUCGUUGAUGACGGAUAUAAUGACCCCCGGGAUCGCCUUGAGCUAAUGCUCGAGCUGACCAAUGAACUGCUACCUGGAACGGAAGUGUACGAGCUAUACAAACGGAUCAUCUCCACCUGUUCGAACCCCAAUCGGGCAUACCAGCAUUUGUCCAUUGUUGCUGCCCUCGCAGACCCUCUGCCAAUCUCACAGAUUUCGAAGCUCCUUGGUCCUGUUCAAGGCAGCGAUGUCGCGACCACGCUGAAACAGCUACGUUCUUUCAUGGAAAUCCCCGUUGACAGCAGCCAUCCCGUGAAUAUCUACCACUCGUCCAUUCGAGACUAUGCUUCAGACUCCUCGAACUGCAGCCUCCCUGGAUUACAACCCAUCCUACCACAUUCCCUGCUCGCUUAUUCGUCUUUCCGC